CCCAACUUUGCCUCCCAAACAUCAAACCACCGUCGCCCUUCGAAGCACGAAAACAAAUACGCCCAAUAUGUCGGAGGCUUCAAGAAUUUCCAUGUCGGCGGAUCAUCUUGGCUACAUCAAAGGAGGUCCGUCAGUAACAGCCGAGUCUCUCGAGAUCACCAACCGCCUGCUACAGAAAAAUCACGACGAGCUCCACAUCUUUUUCCGUGACAUGAACGGUCACAACCACCUCGUACACAAUCUCUUCACAAGAUUGUCUCUGGGAGCAACCCCAGACCAGCUGCAGACUGCAUACGACGACGACGCCCCUCUUCAGCGUGAGAUACCGAGACUGGAUGAAAAGGUGGUCGAACGUCUGGCCGACGACGACUACUUCGCGGAGCGCAUCACCAAAAUCACCCACUACAACAACUUCCGCGUCUUCUUCGAGCAACAGAUCGACAAGAAGGGCUGGCAACAAGUCGUCAACGACUAUGUCUUCAGCAAGUCGCCCAUCGCCGAGGCCAUCCUCCCCCUGAUGUACGAUGGCGCGUACCACUCCAUCAUCCACCUCGGGCUGGGGGCCGAGUUCGCGCAGCCUGCCGUCAUCGCCGAGGCCCUCGCGCAGGCCGCAGCCCACGACUCGUUCGACACCAACUGGUUCUUCCACAUCUCGGAGAAGCUGGCCCAGCACAAUGCGGACGAUGGGGUCGGCAAGUCCCUCUUGCAGCUCGCGCGGGAGGCCGCCGCUCACCCUGCCAUCCGCGAGGCGGCGCGCACCCCUGACCUGAUCGGCACCAUGAAGCAGAAGAGGGCCAUCUACCCCAAGGCAGGAGACAAAAUUGUGACCUUGGCCGCGCAGUUCCGCGUCCGGCCGGAGGAGCUCGAGGAGAAGACGGCCGAGAUGAUCGCCUUCUGCGCAUACCUGGCGGGUGCUGCGCAGCGCCCGGGCAAAGCGACCAAGAUCGACUUCUUCUUCAUGCACUGUGUCACGAGCUCCCUCUUUAUCAGCGUCCUUGUUGACCAAGACUGGAUCAGCACCGAGGACAAGGUGCGGCUGGUCGAGUGGAAGGGCAGAUUGGACCUGAUCUGGUACAUUACCUGCGGUCUUCCGGAGUUGAGCACGGAGAGCAUCACCGGAUACAACGUCGGGCCCGAGCGCGACUGGGACCAGCUUUACCAGCUGGUCAAUGAGCAGCAUGAUGACGGCCAUGUUGCCAAGUUCGUGCGUGCCUUGAAGAAUGGAGAAGAUCUGGAUCGGAAGCUUGGAGAUGAGUUCACUUCAGCGGUUCAUGGAGACAUGUGGUUGAAGAUUGCCCGUAUGGCCUACGACACCACACUUGGGCUUCCUGCUCCGGCUAAGUGGGUGCUCAUGGCGGGCAUGGAUUCCGCAUGGGCCUCUGUUCCGGGCCAAGCUUGA